CAGGUGCCUCCUGCGCGCCCGGUGCCCCCGCCUCGAAGCGCAGCCCUGCUCCCCCGCCGGGGAGAAAGCGCCAGAAAAGGGGUUCGCAGGUCGGAGGGACCCGCCAUGGGCAGCUCCGGCCCGGCCGCCUCCUGCCUCCUGCUGCUGCUAGUGGGCUCGGCGCCCCCGCUGCGAGGGCUGCCGCUGAAGGAUGUGUCGCCCGUGAUCCCCUCCCCACAGCUGGAAGUCUCCUUGCCGGGGGUCCAGGCCAGCGGCUCAGCCCUGGGGGGCUCCGCGCCUCCCCCUGGGGUCCCCGAGGAUUUCUCUGAGCUGCUGCAGGGUGUCCUGCUGAAGAAGGAGUUUCUGGGGCAGGCCGAGCCCCUCCCCGGCAGCCCCCCGGCCUCGCUGUCGCCCCCCCAGCGCCUGGACCCCGGGGUCCUCGGCACAGACACGGCCUCCCCGCUCACCACGGCGGUGCUGCCCCCCCAGCCCACCGCCUCGGGGGGCCCCGGCUUCCUCACCACCCCCCCGGGCUCCACCGCCUCCCCCCUUCGCCUGCUGCCCCCUCCCGCAGGGGGCGACGAGGGGGGCCAUGUUGCCAUGACAACCUACGUCCCCGAGGGCGAUGAGGAAACCACGACAACGCUCAUCACUACGACGACCAUCACCACGGUGCACGCGCCCGUGCUUUGCAAUAACAACGUCUCGGAGGUGGAGGGCUACGUGGAGUCCCCGGAUUCCGCGGGGGCCGCGUCCUACGGGGGGCUGGACUGUAGCUACAGCAUCCGGGUCUACAUGGGCUACGGGGUCGAGGUGCAGGUGCAGACGCUGAACCUGUCCAAGGACGACUCCCUCACCGUGGAGGGGCUGGGCAGCGAGACGCCGGCCGUCCUGGCCAACCAGUCCCUGAUGGUGGAGGGUCAGGUGAUCCGCAGCCCGACCAAUCAGGUGCUGAUCCACUUCCAGAGCUACCACGCCACCCCCCCCAGCGUCUUCAGGUUCCACUACCAGGCCUUUCUGCUGAGCUGCGGCUUCCCCAGCCGGCCGGAGAACGGGGACGUGAGCGUCACCGACCUGCACCCGGGCGGCGCCGCCACCUUUAAGUGCGAGCUGGGCUUCCGCCUGCGGGGGGAGGAGACCCUGAUCUGCCUCAACGUCAGCCGCCCCCGCUGGAGCGGCGCCAGCCCCAGCUGCGUGGCGGCCUGCGGGGGGGCCGUGCGGAACGCCUCCCACGGGCGCAUCGUGGCCCCCGAGGGGCCGGGCGGGCGCGGCGCCAACCUGACCUGCCGCUGGCUCCUGGAGGCGCCGGACGGGCAGCGGCUCCACCUGCACUUCGAGCGCCUGGCGCUGGACGAGGACAACGACCGGCUGGUGAUCCGCAGCGGCAGCAGCCGACUCUCCCCCCUGAUCUACGACUCGGACAUGGACGACGUGCCGGAGCGCGGCCUCCUGAGCGACGCCCAGACCCUCUUCCUGGAGCUCGUGUCCGAGAGCCCCGGCGCCCCCCUCAUCCUGGGGCUGCGCUACGAGGCCUUCGACGAGGAUCGGUGCUACGAGCCGUUCCUGGCGCACGGGAACUUCAGCACGUCGGACCCGCUGUACCGGGUGGGGGCGCAGGUGGAGUUCGCCUGCAGCGCCGGGUACGUGCUGGAGCAGGGCCCAGCCACCAUCGAGUGCGUCGACCCCUCGGACCCGCAUUGGAACGAGAGCGAGCCCACCUGCAAAGCGCUGUGUGGGGGGGAGCUGUCAGACCCCGCCGGUGUGGUGCUCUCCCCCGACUGGCCCCAGAGCUAUGGCAAAGGCCAGGACUGUGUCUGGAAUAUCCGGGUGCAGGAGGAGAAGCGGGUCCUGCUGGACGUUGAAAUCCUGAACAUCCGGAAGAGCGACGUGCUGACGGUGCUGGACGGCGAGGACCUGACGGGCCGGGUGCUGGGGCAGUACAUGGGCACCCACCCCCGCUUCCGCCUCUACACCUCGGCCAGCGCCGCCACCCUGCAGUUCCAGUCGGACCCCAGUGACCCCCUCUUCGGCCUCAGCCAGGGCUUCCUCAUCCGCUUCUCUGAGGUGCCCCGGAACGACACAUGCCCAGAGCUGCCAGAGGUGGAGUUUGGCUGGCGCACGGCCUCGCACGCGGCUGCCAUCCGGGGCACGGUGCUCACCUAUCAGUGCGAACCAGGCUACGACAUCGUGGGCUCCGACAUCCUCACCUGCCAGUGGGACCUGGCCUGGAGCAACAGCCCCCCCACCUGCCAGAAGAUCGUGAACUGCGCUGACCCAGGGGAGAUCACCAACGGGAAGCGAAGCGUCUCAGACCGACGCUUCUCCAUCGGCUCCCACGUCCAGUACUUCUGCCAUGAGGGCUACGUGGUGGAGGGGAGCAGCACCCUGACCUGCUACAACCGCGACACCGGAACCCCCAAAUGGAGCGACCGCGUCCCCAAGUGUGUCCUGAAGUACGAGCCGUGUCUGAACCCCGGCGUGCCCGAGAACGGUUACCAGACGCUCUACAAGCAUCACUACCAGGCCGGCGAGUCGCUGCGUUUCUUCUGCUACGAGGGCUUCGAGCUCAUCGGGGAGGUGACCAUCACCUGCGUCCCGGGGCACCCGUCCCAAUGGACCAGCCAGCCGCCCCUCUGCAAAGUGGCGUAUGAGGAGUUACUGGACGACCGGAAGCUAGAAGGUCAUUUAAAUUACAGGCACAAGGGGCUCAUCACCCAGACGACAGACCCCUCCCACCAGAUGGAGGGGGGUAACAUCGCCCUGGCGAUCUUCCUGCCAAUCAUCCUGGUCAUUCUCCUGAUUGGUGGAAUUUAUGUCUAUUACACCAGGUUCCAGGGCAAGUCCCUGUUCGGCUUCUCGUUCUCCAGCUCCCACAGCUACAGGCCUAUCACCGUGGAGUCCGACUUCAGCAACCCGCUCUACGAGGCUGGGGACACCAGGGAAUACGAAGUGUCCAUCUGACGGGGCCGUGUCCCCCGUCCGGAGCGAGGGGGCGUCUUGCUGAAGGGAAGAGACGACGCGGGGGGGUGAAGGGGGGGCUGCGCGUGGAGGAGGGGCCAUGUCCUAUCUCUCUGCUCACGCCAUCCCAGAAUGCCUUGCUCCCCCCCACCUCCCCUCUCCUCCCACUUUGUACAUAUCCAGGUCCAUGUGCCAACGCUCACACUUUUCUGCUUCGGUAAUUAGUUCAUUAAUUUAUAACCCCGCCCCCGGUUUAUUUUAUUUAUUUAUUUAUUUAUUUAUUUAUUUAGCUGCCGACCCUACAAAAACAACUGGAUGUUGUCGGAAACCCUACACUAACAAACAAUCCCAAUCCAGUGCACACAGCCCUGCGGCUCUCAGGAGACCCUACAACGACAACCUGGAUUUCACAGGAGACCCUACAAUAACGUAGGCCCACCCUGCAGUAACCAUGCACAAAGCCCUGCGGCUUGCGGGGCCCUGUAGUAACAAAGGGGUGCAGCCGGCUUGGGGUUUGCAGGAGACCCUACAAUAAUAUAUUAGGACGCAGAGCUCUGGAGCAUGUAGCAGUCCGCCUGAGAGACCAUCCAAUAACAAACCAGGCCUUUCCCCCCCCCGCCCCCACCUUGUGACGCUGUCCUUCCCUGUAAGGAAAAAGCCAGAGGAUAUUUAUCCCCUUAAACAAUAAAUACCUUCCCGUCUUUUACACCGUAUCCCUUUAAGGGCAUUCAGGGUAGGAGGCUGUAGCUCUUUAAGGGUAAAAACAAUUCUCCGUCGCUCCUCUUCGGCAUCAAAUGCAGGCGAUGGUCACUCCUGAACUCGUCCCUUUGAGGGUAACAGAGGCAGGAGAGCAUUUAUUUUCACAAUGCUCCUUUAAGGCUAAACGUAGUUCUUAAUCAUUCCUUUAAGAGUAAAAUACUGGCCCAUAGAUACCCCUGAACCCACCCCUUUAAGGAGUCAAAAAAGAGACAGGACACUGAGUUAAACAUCAUCCCUUUAAGGCUGAAACAUAUUUACAACGGACCCUUUCCCCUUUAAGGAUUAAAACACAGGAGGAUAUUUAGUUGAACAGCAUCCCUUUAAGGAUAAAUGCAGGGGGGAUAUUUACUUCUAUAGUCACCCCUUUGAGGAUAAAAAACAGGAGGACACUUAUCUUUAAAGGGAUGUUAUUCAAAGUGUCCUCCUAUCUGUGUUAUUGUUAAAGGGCUGCGUACAGCCAUUUAUAGCCUCCUGCGUUUUGUCCUUAAAGGGACAUUGUCAAAAUGAAAUGAUGGGAGACAGUGACAUUGCCUUUAACGAGUGACAUGUAGGAGGAUACAUAUUCCUCUGCUACGUCCCUUUAAAUGCCUUUCACCCCGGGGGGGGGGGGGGGGGGAGGAAUCCUCUUUUCCCUGACACACCUGGGUCCCUGGUGGCUGACCCUGGGGGAGGAGCUGCUGGGGGGGUUAGGCCCCUCCCCCUCCCCCCUUUCCACCCCCUCCCCCCAUUGUCCUGUUUUUCCAUUCGCUUUUAUUUUGGAGCAAUAAAUAAACUGCACCAUUUGUAAAA